GGGCCCCCCCGUGCCGCUACGGCUCCCGCCUCCCUUCCGGCGGCGGCUCGUUCCCUGCGCCGGGGGCGGACGGGGCGGACCGGAGCCGCGCCGAGCACGGGCAGGCCCCGCUCUCCCUGCGAUGCUCAGCCGCCCCGGCACGGCCCUCGUCCCGCUGCGUUAGGUGCCGAAGCCCGCGGACGCCUGGCGCUGCGCACACCAAGGUGGCCCUGGUCAGUGAGCCCGGACGGCAGUGGCUGAGCGCUGGGCACUGGCCUAGCCACACGCACACAGCGGCACCAUGGACUUCGUCAUGAAGCAAGCGCUGGGCGGGGCCACCAAGGACAUGGGGAAGAUGCUGGGGGGCGAGGAGGAGAAGGAUCCCGACGCGCAGAAGAAGGAGGAGGAGAGGCAGGAGGCGCUGCGCCAGCAGGAGGAGGAGCGGAAAGCCAAGCACGCCCGCAUGGAGGCCGAGCGGGAGAAAGUCCGGCAGCAGAUCCGUGACAAGUACGGGCUGAAGAAGAAGGAGGAGAAGGAGGCGGAGGAGAAAGCCGCGCUGGAGCAGCCGUGUGAGGGCAGCCUGACGCGCCCCAAGAAGGCGAUUCCGGCAGGCUGUGGGGAUGAGGAGGAGGAAGAGGAGGAGAGCAUCCUGGACACCGUCCUCAAGUACCUGCCCGGCCCGCUGCAGGAUAUGUUCAAGAAGUAACAGCACCGCCAACCCUGCCAUGGGGUGCUGGGGCACGGGCGCCCUCUCCCCUCCGACCCCUCCAUCAGUUCCCUUGGCCCCGGGGAGGGUCCCCACACCCCCUCCUCACCCCCUCUUUGCCUUUUUCCCUCCCCCGACCAGACCAAAAACCCGCCCCGUCCCGUCCAGGCAGGGCCCUCCCUCCACGCCGUGCCGAAGGGGAGCGGCCCUGGCAGGACAGGGUGAACCGGGACCAAAUGCACUGAUGUAACCUCGCGGCAGGCUGAGGGGCACUCCGGGCCCUACCGGCCCCCCUGCGGGGGCUGCCCGUGCCCCCAGCCCUGCCCCUCCUGCCCUCCC